AUGGCCUUGCCUGGCAGCAGAAAAGUCAACAUUGCCAAUGCACCAAACCUUAUGCUGGAACUUAAAGAUGUCAUGCAGACUUAUGGUCUUGAGUGGAGACAAGUUACCAGCAUCCUCCUUGACAACUAUGCAGUCAUGAGAGGAAAAAACUCUGGCCUUGAAACUCAAGCAAGGAGGGAGAACCCAUACCUCCUUGACGUAUCUGGAGAGACCGUGCACAUGGUUUCCAAUGCUGCCAAGGCCCUCAUGAUAAUGAAAGACACAGAAGACUUCAACACAGCAAAACCCCAAACACCUCAACACACAGGAAGUGAUGGUGUGAAGAUCAGAAGCUCCAGAGCAGCUGCAGUGUGUUUGGAGCUGCUGUGUGUUCUUCUGCUGACUGCAGUCAUAGUGCUGUGUGUCCUCAUCCAUACAAAGAGCACAAACUACACACAAGAGAGACAGCAGCUGCUAACUAAGAUCACCAACCUCACAGAAGAGAGAGACCAGUUAAAAUCAGAAAGAAAUGAACUUCAGAAACGUUUAGCAGAUGGAUGGAAGUGCCAUCAGUCCAGACUUUACUUCAUUUCCUCUGAGACGAAGAACUGGACUGAGAGCAGAAGAUACUGUAGAGAGAGAGCAGCAGAUCUGAUCAUCAUCAACAACACAGAGGAACAAGAGUUUGUGAAGAACAUUUCUGGUGGUUCUGGAUAUUUCUGGAUUGGUCUGACUGAUAUUGAAGUGGAGGGCAGAUGGAAAUGGGUUGAUGGUAGCAACAUCACCUCUGGGUUCUGGGCGUCUGGAGAGCCAGACAGCAAUCAGGGAAAAGAGGAAGACUGUGCUCUAAAUUAUUCACCAGGAUGGGCUGAUUUUCCAUGUGAUUAUAUGUAUAAAUGGAUCUGUGAGAAGAGUGUUCUUAAAUGACACAUUUCAAUAAAUGUAUAUAUAGUGUGUUAUGAACAUCUAAAUAUGUGUUAUGAUCCCUUUUCCUAUUAUGAUCUUGUUUGAAUAAAUGUUGUGACUGCACAUGGA